CGAAUUCGAAAACAAUCGAGUCCAGGAUGAUGUCAAUUUGGUGGAUGACGGUCGGACUAUUUUCGAUCUACAAAGCCCUCUUCUUUGUGCGCCUAUAUAUCCAAGCCCGUCGCACCGGAUUUCCCAUCGUCUUCGCCCCCGCACCCACAGCAAGUGCUCCCUGGUUGGUACUCGCUCCGAUCUUGCGCCCAUAUCUGCAACCGGUUCUGCCGGAAUGGCUAUACAACCGCUUGGACAUCGGGACUCAUGGCUGGGAGUUCCGCAUGAAACGCGGCCCUUUUGACCGCUGGGGGAACACCUUCGUCUUGCUCACCCUCGAUGAAUGCAUGGUCUGGACUGGAGAUGUCCAUCUCGGAAACGUGAUCCUGCAGCGCAGGAAUGACUUCGAGCAAGCGCCGAUUGUCGGAAAGAUUCUGGGUUUCUUGGGCCCAAAUGUGUUUGCGACCAAUGGCGAUGAAUGGAAACGUCACCGUCGCAUGUUUGCCGCUAGUCUGGACGAACGCAUCAGCCGAAUCGCCUGGUCGGAAAGUCGUGAACAAGCGCGAUCAAUGCUGAAUUACCUCUUUGACCAUCCAGGAGGAGACUCACUAACUGGGUUGCGCAGCCUCGCGAUCAACGUGAUCGGUCAGGCAGGGUACACGAAGACCACCCCGUGGUCGCCGACACCGCUUCGAGAUAGACCCGGCCAGGAGGAGCACGCUCGUACGGCGUACUUCAAAGCCCUCGCGUUAGCGACCGAUUUGUUUUUCGUCGCGGCCUUCAUCCCCCCCAAGAUUCUCAAACUCUCCUUCAUGCCGGCUCAACUGCGUCUUCUGGGCCAGCGUCUCGAGAAAGUCCCGCAGUACAUCGCCGAGAUCUCCCAGGAGGAACGCCAGACGGCGAGGGAUGAAUCCGUGGGGCGCAGCAACUUCCUCCGCUUUUUGCUGCAGAACUCGGACACGGACACUACCUCGGGAUUUGGAUUCACGCCUGACGAGCUCAGUGGGAACCUUUAUGUCUUCACAGUUGCGGGUUACGAGACGACUGCCAACACCAUGGGGUUCGCGGUGACGCUGUUGGCUGCAUAUCCGGAAUGGCAGGAGUGGAUCCGCGAAGAGCUGCGUGAGCUCCCUGCAGACUCGUCACCCUGGUCUUACAACGAUGUGUUCCCCAACUGUCAGCGCACAUUGGCAAUCAUGCUCGAGGUCCUACGCCUUUUCCCCCCCGUCCUUCAUUCGACCCGCGCAGUGUCCGGACCCCAACAGCUCGUCAGCGAAAAGGGCACGCAUCUCCUCGCGCCGCCGAUGAAUGUCAUGGUUUCUGCGAUGGCUAUUCAUCUCGAUACAACGAUCUGGGGCGAGGAUGCCACGGUUUUCAGACCCUCGCGCUGGAUCGAUGACACCGGAAAAGUGAAGACUCCGCCAAAGGGAACGUUUCUUCCAUGGUCUGGCGGUCCCCGCGUCUGCCCCGGGUUGAAGAUGUCCCAAGUGGAGUUUGUCUCCACCAUUGCCACGUUGUUUCGGUCCGCUCGGUGCGAGCCGAUGCCCGUCGACGGAAUCUCGCAACCAGAAGAUCUGCGGCGGAGGUUGGUGCGGUUGACGGAUAACGCGAUUGCUAAGUCGACGUUGCAGGUUAAGGAUCACAAGACUGUGCAGUUGCGGUGGGUGCGGGAUGUACAAUAGCUGAAUCUCUAUGCCUCUCUGAGCUUGAAUAUGUAUACAGAACGAGUUUAGUCUAGAAUACAAAGCAUCCG